AUGCUGGGCUGGAAGGGCAACUUUAUCUCUGGUAUGAGCUUCGCAGAGAGUGCAGCAAAGUACCCUGGCACAUGCUAUUGGGACUUUCACAGGGCAAAUCUGCAUAAUGCUCUUGUAGAAAGAGCGCUAGAGCUAGGUGCGAAGGUGAGGCUAGGCUGUCGGGUUACUGACGUACGGUGUGAUAAGGACGGCAUUAGUGCGAGCAUCGACUUGGCCAAUGGGGAAGUCAUUGCGGCGGAUCUGGUAGUAGGAGCGGAUGGGAUCAACUCAAAGCUUAGGGAAGUGAUGUUGGGCAAGGCAGAUCCACCGACAUUGACCGGAGAUCUGGCAUUUCGAUUACUGCUUUCCACGAAAGAUAUGCUAAAAGAUCCCGUUUUGAGAGACUUUGUAGAGAAACCCCAAGUAAAUUACUGGAUGGGACCCGACAAACAUGCAGUGAAUUAUGUUUUGAGAGGUGGAGAGCUAUUGAACAUGGUGCUGCUAGUGCCUGAUGAUAUGCCUCAAGACGGACCAAGCACAUUAGCUGGCGAUGUUACGGAAAUGCAAGCGUUGUUCGAAGACUGGGAUCCUAGAAUCCCCAAACUGUUAGCCCUUUCCGAGAGUGUCUACAAGUGGCGAUUAUGUAUUCGAAAAGGAAUGGAUCAGUGGUCACAUCCAUCUGGAUCCUUCACGUUAUUGGGAGACGCGGUUCAUGCCACACUACCCUACUUGGCAAGUGGCGCUGGUAUGGCAUUAGAAGAUGCUGCAGUGCUCGGAGAGCUCUUUGGACGAUCCGAGAAUCCACGAGUUCCAGAGGAGAAAAGGCUUCUGCUGCAAAUGUACGAGGAAUGCAGGAAACCAAGAACUGAACGUGUGGUAGAACGAGGAAACACGCAACAAUGGCUGUAUCAUCUACACGAUGGACCUGAGCAGCAAGAACGUGAUCGAAUCAUGAAGGCCAUGGAGGCAGGUGAGGCUCUAGCUUGGAGGGAUAAAUCUCUUUCUGACUGGCUAUUGGGUUACAACGUUGAAGACGAUGUUGCAAGGGUAUGGAGCAAGCAGUCCAUGAAGAUGAUGAAAGAGGUUGCGCCGGCAUUGUCAGACACGAAUGCAUUUGACGCAGAGACGAGGAUCACGUCAAACUUAUAG